UCGAAGCCAGUGUCAUAGCGCCUGUCAACUCAAAACUUUUGACGCUACAAACUUUAUCUUUCACUUCCUCACAGCUGUUUUCAGUGCGUUUCCUUUCACAGCUUUAAAACCCGUAUCGUACAUCAAAUGAAAACAACACAACAACUUGAACAACAGCACGAUCGUCAAGAUGUAAAUAGUUCUGCUUGUUUAACGUUACUUUGACCGGUGCAAAGAUGCAUCGCAACGUAGCUAACGGUAGUUUAGCUAGUUAGCUAGUUAGCUAAACGUAGUGUUGACAUCGAGACGUAAUGUCAGGACGGACAAUAAACCGUUAACUCAUUAAAGUGCCGUGUUUUGGCUUUGGAUAGUUAGUCUGACAGAUCAAAAUGUGUCGUUUUCUACGCUACUGUACCAGCCACUGCAUUCACGCGGCGAUGACCCGGCUGGAGGAGGUUAACGGAGAGGUGAGCAUGUCGUCGUCUGUCCGGUGGCUGGGCUACCUGUCCGGUCUCAACCUGCUGAUCGCCCUGUGCUUGGGGCUCUAUGCCCGGUGGGAGAGGACCGCGGAGACCACUCUUCUUGUCAUUUUCGUUUUGGCUCUGAUUGUCCUCGGCAUAGCAAGUGUAGUGUACUACUACUUCCGCAUGGAGAGGUUCAGCCUGAGCAUCCUCCACCUGUGGUUCGGUUUUUUGCUGGGACUGCAGUGUUUCCUCAACAGCCCCGGGAUGGAGGGCAACGUGAAGGAGCAGGCAGCCAACUACAUGCUGGUGGCCAGUGUGUCUCUGAGGACUCUGUGGGCGCUGCUGGAGAGACUGUUUGGAUGUACCAACUACCGUCCCGCCUUCCUCACCUCGGCAGAGCGGCUGGAGCUGGUCGGCUUUGCCGCCGCCAGCACGGCGCUGCUCAUCCAGCAGUCCUUGAGCGUGAUGGUGCUCGUGGUGGCGCUGGCCACGGUCAUGGUUGCCCUCCGGAUGAAGGCUGUCCUGGCUCUCCCCAACUUGGUCUGCUUCGCUGUCAUCACAGCAUUGCUGUUCUUCAAGUCUCUGAGCAUCACCAUCAACCCUUUCGCCCUCGCCUGCUUCUUCAGCCAGCUCAUCUGCGACCCUCUGCUGGAUGUGUACUUCAGUGGUCUCUCUGUGACUGAGCGCUGGCAGCCUUUCCUGGUGUGGAGGGGGCUGUGGCGCCGGCUGUCCCUCCUGCCUCUGCUGGUGGUGGAGGUGACAUUCAUCACUCUGGCCUUUCGGAAGCUGAAAGACCUGGACCCGUGGUACGUGAUGAUCCCAGGCUUUGUGGUCUGUGUGCUCUUCUGGGCCAUCUGCCACAUGGUGUUCGUCAUCACAGUUUGGGGCUUUCACACUAAGCUCAGUGAAUGCCAGAGGAUGUGCUUGUCCCAGGGGUCAGGGGUCAGCGGCCUGGACAAGGUUAUGGCCUCUAAGGGCAUGAGACAUUUCUGCCUCAUCUCUGAACGCCUGGUUUUCUUCUCGCUGGUGUCAACUGUUGCUGUUGCGGCUAUUUGUUGGCAGGCCUCCAGCAGUAUCUUCGUGAGCAUGUUCCUGCUUGUGCUGCCUCUGGAGUCGCUGUUCCACGGGCUUUUCCACGAGCUCGGGAAUAGCCUCGGCGGAACCUGCGUGGGCUACGCAGUGGUCAUCCCCACCAACUACUGCAGUCCUGAUGGCCAGCCCAUGCUGCUGCCUCCGGGCCAGGUGCAGGCGCUGAACCAACGCUCUACAGGCAUGUUGAACAAUGUGCAGCGCUUCUUCGCCCACCACCUGAUCGAGACUUUUGGCUGCGACUAUUCCACCAGCGGGGUGACCCAGAACGCUCUGCUGGCCAAGAUCAAAUGCUUCUUGGAGCUUCGCACGGCAGACGGGCCUCGCCACGACACCUACGUGAUCUUCUACAGCGGGCACAGUCACCGCUCUGGAGAGUGGGCGCUGGCAGGAGGAGACACUCUUCGUCUGGAUCAGAUCUUGGACAGUUGGAGAGAGAAGAACGGCAGCUGCUGCUCGCGCCUCAUCUUGGUGCUCGACUGUGACAACUCGUUGCCGUGGGUGAAGGAGGUCAGGAAGGUGGAGGGCCUGUACGUGGCCGUGCAAGGUGCAACGCACGCUCAAGUGACGGACGUCGAGCUGCAGGAGCCCGCGCAGCUCGGAGACUUCACCUCCCAGUGGGUGGAGUAUAACUGCAACUCCAACAGCAACAUCCAGUGGUCGGAGAGGGGCCGGCCCCUUUCUGCUGACUACGGCAUCUCCAAACACUGGAGCGACUACACGCUGCACCUGCCGACAGGAAGUGACGUUACCAACCACUGGGGCUUGUACUUCCCUCGGGUGACCUACCCGGUGGUCCAGAUGGCGCUGGGGUACAGCGGACUGAAUGAGCUGUCGCUCUGCAGCAUCUGCCUGCGAUUUCUCAAGAGAGUCAAACUCAACUGGUUUCCCCCGGCGAUACUGGACACGGGCCAAGGCUUCAAACUGGUCCGAUCAUAGAAAUACCAGAUUGUAUUUUUCUAAAAGGUUAGCGAGUUUCUUGGACCCGAAUAAUAAGCGACUAUUGGACUGUUAACGUGUCGCUUACCAGUUUCCUGUAAGUUACUGAAAAACCAAUCACUUAAUUUCUGAUUUGUCUGUUUGAAAUGUGUGUUUUUAUUACCAGUUGUUGUAUACUUUGCAAAUGUUUCUAUUAAUGUGUUUUCUAGCUUUGAUUUUGGGGAUCUUAACAUCCCUGUGUUAAAAGAUGUAUCAACGUGUUGGAUGUGACGAAGCACAUCGACUCUAUUUUGCACUUUUUUUGCAUCGCAUUUACUGUUUGACCUUGAAAAAAAAAACAUUUGUGCCUUUUUAACGUAAAAUCACCAACGGACAUCCAGCUCCUUAGGCUGAUUUAAAAACUAUAUCUAUAUAUUUUUACCUUCUUUUUUUUAACCAAAGAAGCCGUGGUACAUCUUCAGAGUAAAGAUCUCGGGCAUAAAUCAUAAGCAGCAGUUAUGCAGUUUCUCAGAUGUGCAUCUUGUAUUUGCCUUCUGAAAUGAUUCCUUUUACACGCCGAGCUUUGAUUCACGGCUUGCUGUCCGUUGUAAGUAACCACGUUUUGUAAUGCUUUUUAGGGGUUAUUUUUUAAAUACUCUCCAGCUGCUUCAGGGAGUCCAGAAAGAGUUUAUUAAAACUGUACUGAUGAAUGCACUACACACAGAGAUGUGUGCGAACUACGAUAUUUAUGUCAUAAUGAACCCCGGGAAAGAUUCAUUUUCUUCUUGGGGUUCGUCGCAGUUUACUGAGCUAUGCAAGAUUAUUCAGGUGAACGAUGUGUGAAACUAUGCAAUAAAGAAGAAGUGGGACUUCACUGCUCAAAUUAGGAAUUUAACGGGCUCCUCGUUGUUUACAUUCUGCCAUAAACUAAAUGAAGCGGGUCAUUUCAUCAACUGAUUAUGGGGCCAAACAUAUUUGGUACUAAUUAUAGGAACAAUAGACAAAGUUCUCACUCUGAGACUGUUAGAAACUGCUUCUUUGUGUUUAGCAAGUAAAUAUUUAAUUGUUAUAUAUGUUAAAUUGUUUGCCUGUAGACAAAUAAAAAAAUUCAACUUA